AUGGCCACGGACCUACAACUCCCCGCCUCGAGGGCUCAACCAUCUCCCGCUCCAUCGAAUUCAUCCCGAGCUCAGUCUAAGUCGAGAUCAAGAUCUCGACCAGCACGGCGUCGGCGAGAUUCAUCUCCCCCGCCAUCCUCUUCCCCACCAGGCCUACCAACACCGGCAUUUUCUCCGGAUGGUCAAAGCGAUGUCGACGAUAUCAUCGAAGAGUCCACCCUAUCGCCGUUCGAUCCUCGCAGAAUUACACCUACCCUUCAUGCAUCCCUCGUAUCGGAGAUUCUUUCCUUGCGACGGGAUGUGGAAAAUAAAACAAAGGCAAUUGAUACGUUAGAACAAAGUCUGGAUGAAUCUCGAACGGAAUGUGAGACGCUUAACGAGAAUGUCGCCCAGUCGUCCCGUGAGACACGGUCUCUGCAACAUCAAAUUCAGCUUUUGGAGGGUGGGACAUCAUCUGCGAUGACAGAACUGGCUCGGGAGCGGGAUAAUGCAGUCGAGAACAUCAAUGAUGUUCGUAGGAAACUGGAGCAUGCACAAAAAAAGGCCCGCCAUCGUGAAGAGGAAGUCGAACGGACACAGAUGCUUUGGGAUCGUGAUCGCGAAGCAUGGGAAAAUGAGCGACGAAACAUGGAACGCAAAAUCCAUGUGGUGGAAGGCCGCUUGAAGACGGUGCUCAAUGAGGUUGCAGCGGCUCAAGAAGCGGAAACUCUCCAUUCUCAGCACAGUGAAAAUGAUCUUUCGACCAAGUCCAAAAUUAAGGGAAGCGACACUGCCAGUGUGGCUUCCAGCAGCCAGGAUCGUCGGCGCACAAGCAUGACUAGCAUGACCUCGGAGGAGGGCGAGAAUGAAAUAGAUUAUCACAAUGUCCGAUACUCGGUCUUGAGUAUGGCUCCUGGAAAGGGCGAUUCGGGCCUGAACCUGGCUCAGGAAUUGGCCUUUGAUGAGGAAGAUGAGUUUGCUGGGUCUGAAAAUGAGACUCCAGAAUCACCUGAAGCCCUCCCGGAGGAACGACCGAUGUCGGUCAAUUCACAGGCGUCUCAUUCUAUCGCAUCAAAAGCCCGGAAAAUUCUGGGUCUUUCCAUGCAAAGCGCUGGCUCGGUCACAGCGGCAGAGUACCGUGCUCUGGAUCUGAAUAGCCCUACAAAGUUGCCAGACCACCAUCAACCUGUAGAGUACUGUGAUAUGGGUACUCAAUACACACCUCCACCGUCACCCGAAACCCUUACCCCAACCGCAGAGAAUACUGACCCUGUUGCGGGUGAGGAAUCCAAUGCAGGCCGCGAGGUUGGUGAAGACGAGGACGCACCUGAGAUGAAGGACUCUGCCACACUUACAAUCGCAGUUGGUAUGGUCUCUUCCUCUUGUCAAACAGUCGGUGAACUUCCCAGUCCUCCAUGGACACCCAAAAUCUCGGAGUCACCGAUCUUGUCUGCCGAAGAGGCUUUGGAGCCAGUCCCGAUGGCAUCAGCGUCUACUCAAACCGAUUCACCUCCAGCUGCGGAGCCCGUGGAGAGCGAAGAAGCUACCUUGUCUCCCAGUGAUAUCUCAGCGCAAAUUGAUGUUCCCAUGAUCGCCAUUCACCCACCUGGAUCGGAACCGUCAUCGCCUCGGAGCAGUGUCGUUCUUCCUCCGCAAACUAAGAAUGUGUCUGUUCAAGCCAAUUUCAGGCCGGUCGUUGAGGGUCGGUCUAUUGCCAUUCAGACUGAAGAAAUCCGAAUCGAUCAACGACCGGUCAAACUUCCCGCCAGUCUAUUACCCUCCGCCAUUCCUGAUCUGCCAACCACCUCCGAAAUUCAAGAGACCAAUGCUGAGUCCUACCGCGCGCCUAUGCCUCCUCCCCGCUCAGCCAAGAGGGCCCAGCGGCCUUUACCAUACGAGCGCCCGGUGAAGCCCCCACGCGCCCCAGGUUCGGAGUCCUUGCAAGCCUACCAGGCAUACCCUGGCAACAAUGACAAUGGACCGUUAUCGGGCGAGGUUGCGUCUGGAUUGAGACGGCCCUUCCGGUCUAGCAGCCUCUUCGCGGGCUUUGAACAGCUAAGCGAUGACGAAGGCCCCGACGCAGAGGAACGUGACAUCUUUACCGACGACGAGCUUCUCAACCGACCAUUUGCUUCAUACACCAUCCGUCGCGGCAAGUUGGUCAAUGCGAAAGCAAGGCCCAGCUUGGAUGAAAUGUUCCUUCCUGAAAUCGACGAGCAUCUAUCUGACCCCGAGUCUAGACCUGCUGAUAUUGGGCGUUCCUCGUCUCGCGCCACUCAACGAUCCGGUACUACAACCUCCAGUGGCCGUCAACCCGGCAUGCGAAAAUUGGCCAUGAUCUCUAAUGGCGCAGCAGCGCAUCAAAAAGCUCGCGCCCGCAGCCCCAGCGAGCCAAGCCUCGACAGCGGCAGUGCAGGCUCAAGCAUCGCGCCUCCGUUCCCAGUUCCAAUCCGUCUCAGCUCGCGCAACGUUCCAUUGACAGGCAGUGACGGGCCCCCAAGCCCGACUCGUUCUUCUGGUCGACAAUUCUCCGAUCGUGGUGCCCGUACAACAGUUGGGCGACGACCCACGCUGCGUCGAGUUCGCUCGGCGGCCGCGACCUCGCAGAGCAGCCUCGCAGAGCGCCCAGAAACGCUUUCCUCUCCAACUCGCUCUGAGUCUCCCUUCACGCUCGAUAGUCCUUCCUACCGUCCGCCGCCUCUCCCAGUUGAUGAUAUCACUGUUCCCCGUGAGCAUCGUGCGCCUGUGAAACGGCCUUCUCAUCGCCCAGCGGUGCCCUCUAUGAAUUGGGACCAGGACCGGCGGGACUCGACUGGCGGUGUGCAACCAACGAGUGUCGUCGAUGCAAUUGCUCAAACCAUGGUGGGCGAGUGGAUGUUCAAGUACGUCCGCCGCCGCAAGUCUUUCGGCAUGGGUGAAUCCAAGGAUGCCUGGGAGGGCCGGAACCCGGAUGAGGUGUCAGCCAAUAUCACCAAUAGUGGAGUGCGUCAUAAGCGAUGGGUCUGGCUUGCCCCGUAUGAAGGCUCCAUCAUGUGGAGCAGCAAACAACCGACAAGUGGACCUGCCUUGCUGGGCAAGACUGGCCGGAAGUUCACUAUCCAAUCCGUGUUGGAUGUCAAGGAUGACAACCCAAUGCCCAAGAGCCCUGGAAACCCCACUCCAUUCAACCGCUCGAUUCUAGUCCUCACACCACAACGAGCUCUGAAAUUCACCGCACUUACCGUUGAACGCCACUAUGUCUGGCUAACCGCAUUAUCAUUCCUCAGCCACUCUUCAAUGGGCCUGCACGAUCUAGCUGCGCUCCCACCGGCACCGCAAGAGGAGACCGGAUCUUCUAUACCUUCACAGGCAAGCCUGCGACGCAACCCAAUCCGCGACUCAAUUCGCGUGGCCAAGGGUCGCCCACGGCCCAUGCCCAAGGGAAAGCGCUCCUUCCCAGGUAGCGCAGACCCAGUACCAGAAAUACCUAGCGCGGACCUAGAAAGUCUUAACUCCAUGGCCGCAGACGCACCUCAUGUCCCACGCUUCUCUAAUCAUAAUCACAACCGCAAGCGCAGCAACACGGCCCCUCGUCCUCCUGCGCUUCACGCUAUCCGCAGCUUUUCCAGCCAGGGAACCAUGCCCUCGCCCCACAGUGGUACUUCCUCCGAGCCAUACUUCUCGCCUGUCCCGCCGCCGAGUCUUCCUCCCGGCCUUGGAAGCGGCCCUGGUAGCAUCAGUCGUCGUACUUCUGAGGCUAGUGGUCGCACUACUCACACGACAGCGAGCAACAUGUUUGACAUGGGCACUGUUCGCAUGGAGGCUUUCAUCGAUAACCAUGCGGAACAGAUCAAUCGGCCCCGUGGUGCGCCGCCUCGCUCACGACAUGUGCGUAAGGCCUCCAGUCAGUGGAGUCAAAGCCGCUAUGACUACGACGCUCCCUCCGUUGACGGUAGCGAACUCUCUUUCCGACCCGAUGACCCCUUCCGCGGUUUCUAA